CUGGAGAUGAAGGGACGAUGCUGACUGACUCCUUGCGACUGCCAGUCAUUCUAGGCUGAGAGCAGGAGGAGUGCCCCCUCCGGCUCGGACCUCCGAUAAUUCUGGGAAAAGGAGGGGCGCGAUAGUGGGGGGGAGGGAAUAAGAGGUUCCCCCCCCCCAUGAGGCGACCCUAGCUCUCCUAUUCCCGGAAAGCGGAGAUGGGUCCCGGGGCUAGCUGGUCUGCCAGCCCCCUAAGGGGGAAGGUGGGAGAAGGAAGGGAAGAGUUCGCCCCGCCCCCUGCUGCUGAGGGGGAAGAGAGAGAAAAUGGUUUCCGGCCCUUGGAGGUGGGAAUACUAAUGAGAGAGACAGAGCGAGACGGGAGCAUUGAAGCGGCUGCUGGGAGUACAGCGCCGUGCGCUACCUGCUUGUUAGUGAGGAACCCCGGUGGUAACUUCUGUGCAACAAAUCGGUGGGCCCCAUCCCAGAGACCUGUCUACAUAAACGAGAGGCAAAAACUGGGUGCAACGAGGCGGUUGGAGGAGCAGAUGGUAACAGUUAAAGGAUAACGGAUGAAGAGAUGGUUUUUACAGGAAGCUUGAAAUCUCUUCUUCCCCUUACAGUCAGAAGACUAAUUAGAUUCAACAUACUCAAUAUAAGUAAUACUUCUGGAAUGGCUGAGGGCUAUAAACAGGCAAAUGUUGUGAUUUUGCACAAAUCCCUUGCUGAUGACUUUGAAAAGUUUUGCCAUGCAAAUGAUGGACCUCUCCCACUGCUGUACAGAAGUAAACCAGGUGAAUGGAAAUGUCCGUCUCUGAGCAGCAAUUGUGAUAUCCGAACUGAUUGCCUGCUGUACAGGAUAUAUGAGUAUGGAGCUUGUACUGGCACUUUGACAAGUCUGAAGGAUUAUUUUGAUCAGCUUAAAGACAUGGUGACUUUUUAUUUAGGCUGCAGCUUCUCAUUUGAAAAGGCAGUCCACAAGGUUGGUGUUCCUCUAAGGAACUUCGAGCAGAAAUGCAACAUAAGCAUGUACAAGACAGAUAUCCCUUGCUGCGGAGUUGCUAGUUUUUGCUGCAAUUUAGUGGUCACGAUGAGACCGAUUCCUGAAGACAAGUUAGAAGCAGUUGUGGGAGCUACUUAUCCAUUGAAAGACUCACAUGGAGCACCAAUUCACAUUGGUAACCCUGGCCUGUUAGGAAUCCAAAACCUUUCCAGCCCAGACUAUGGAGAUCCAGUUCAGCCUCACCCUGGGGAUGUUCCAGUGUUUUGGGCCUGUGGAGUAACAGGGGUGGAAGCAGUCAGCAACUGCAAGUCUCCCCUGGCUUUUACACAUUCUCCUGGCUGCAUGUUUGUUACUGACCUGAAGAAUGAGGAUGCUGCAGUUCAUAACUCUAAAGAAAUCCCGAAGGUCCACUGCAUUUCUCAAAAUCCUUUGCAUUAUAGCAUUGCAUCAGAAACAGCUGUACAAAAGAUAAGAGAACUAGAAAGCCUAAUUGGAGUAGAUCCAGGAGACCGGGGAGUGAAACAUUUGUGCUGCCAGGAUGAGCUGCUAAAGACUUGCCUCUCCCUUUCACAUGCCCGAUCAGUGCUGAUAACCACUGGAUUUCCUACUCACUUCAACCAUGAGCCACCUGAAGAGAAUGAUGGACCUCCAGGAGCCAUUGCUAUGGCAGCCAUGUUGCAGAGCUUGGAGAAACAUGUUGUUAUAGUAACAGACCAGAGAGCCAUGAGUUUGAAUAAAAAGAUUAUUGAAGAUGCUGUUCAGCAAGGGGUACUGAAGACACCAGUGCCUCUAUUGAGUUAUCAGGGAGAUGCUGCAGAGUCCGCUUUGCUGUUUUUGUGUGAGAAUGGGAAUCUUGAAAGACCCAGAUUUGAUCAUCUGAUAGCAAUAGAACGUGCAGGGAUGGCUGCUGAUGGCAAUUAUUACAAUGCAAGGAAAGUCAAUAUUAAGCAUCUAGUGGAUCCCAUCGAUGAACUGUUUCUAGCUGCACAUACCAUCCCUGGAGUCACAACAACAGGCAUUGGGGAUGGAGGAAAUGAACUGGGAAUGGGAAAAGUAAAAGAAGCUGUAAGGAAGCACAUAAAAAAUGGAGAUGUUAUAGCUUGUGAUGUUGAAGCUGAUUUUGCUAUUGUAGCCGGGGUCUCUAACUGGGGAGGCUAUGCUGUUGCUUGUGCUCUGUAUAUCCUCAACACCUGUGAAAUACACGAUCGCUAUCUGAGGAAAGCUAUUGGGUUCCCCAGAUUGUCCAAGAAGGCAAACUGGGCAUCAGCACUUCCAUCCAUUACUAAGGAAGAAAAGUUGCUGAAAACACUUAUACAGCAUGGCGUCCGUAGUGGAGUAACUGCCAGUCUCGAAAUGGAAGUGGAUGGACUGCCCUUCUACAACAUACACUCACUUAUGAUUGAAAAACUGCUGGAGCAGAUAGUGUAAUGACUUUUCCCUAACCAUUUCUAAACUCUAAAGUUUCUAUUAGAUUAUCUCUCCACCCGCAAUCUAACAACAAGGUAUGGAAGACCAGAAAAGGCUUGUUCUAUAUAUGUAGGUACUUAUAUGGCCUCCAUCACUAGUAUCUGAGCAUCUUACAAUCAUUAAUGAUUAUCCUUCUAACAUUGCUGUGAAAUAGGAAAGUUUCGUUAGCCCUGUUUGGCAGAUGAAGACAUGAGAGAGGGAGAGAUUAAAUUAUUUCAUUAUUUCAUAUUCAAGAUCACACAAGAGGUCUGACACAGACCUGAAUCCAGCUCUCAAGAGUACCAGACUCGUGCCUUCACCACAAGCCCAUCUUUCCUGUUUGAUAAGUAUAAAACUCUGAGUUAUGACAACUCACUCAUACAAUCUAUGGCCUUAUAUAGUAAAAGAUGACUAUGUUUCAUGAAAAAAAAUCAAAAGUCUGUUGCCAUUAAAUGCAGAAGUGUUAUCACC